AUGAUUUCAAGCUUGUCCAUAUUUGCGCUCGUGGUUGUCAACUUGGUGAUUGCUGCUGAACCCAAUUACCUUCCUACUUUUACAUCAUCAAAAAAGUAUUUUCAACAAAGCAAUCCAUUGAUUCCUCAAUUUUUAGUCGAUGACUCAACUUUUGGAUUACAUAAAGAUUAUAGCUGGGAUGACGUCGUCUCAAGUUUGAAUUCAAACCAAAAACUCUUUUUUUUGCAAAGACAUGGUGAAGGUUGGCACAAUGUUGCACGAGAGGAUUUGAAUAUUGGUCUCAUCGAUUGGCAAUGCUAUUGGUCGAUUAGAGAUGGGAAAGAUGGCAUUGAAUGGUACGAUGCUGAUUUGACUCCCAAGGGACAUGAACAAAUCAAAAGCUUGGUUAGUCAAAUUGAAAACACAACUUCAUUCCCUUAUCCAGAUAACUUUUAUGUCAGUCCUUUGAGAAGAACUUUACAAACUUGGCAAGAGACUUGGUUAAACUUGCCUCAUAAGACAGCAACAAUCAAGGAGUUCGCCAGAGAGUUGUAUGGUAUCGACACCGAAAGUGAGAGACACGAUAGAACUUAUAUAGAAACCAAAUUUCCUGGGUUUGAGUUUGAGGAUGGCUUUCAACAUGAUGAUGUGCUUUGGAGUCCAAUCUAUAGAGAAGGUCUUGAAAAUAUCUACUACCGUGCUGCUUCGUUAUUGACUGAUAUUUUUGAGGACGCAAAGGAUGACAAGGUUAUCAGUAUUGUGCUGCACGGUGGUACCAUCAAUGCAAUCUUGGCUGUUGCUCAACACAGAUUGUACAACAUCCCCACCGGUGGUGUUAUCCCUGUGGUGAUUGAAAUCCAAGACAAUUAUAAAAUCUACCCCUUAGAUCAAGCUUAUACAAACUUUUUCUUCUGGUGUCCGUUAUCUCAACCUAAUAUCACAACACGGGUAGAUGAUGGUGCUACCAUUGUCACGACGGUUUCAGCUUCGUAUAGUGCGCCAUCUAGCUCUGCUUUGACUUCAGCAGCAGCUUACAAGUCGGCCACAUAA